UUCCACAGCUCUCACUCUUCACAGCGACUCGGCAGAGGCUAAAGGGAAACGUUUGUGGACACUUGACAGCUUCCAGAGACUGCUAUGACAUCUCGCAGGUGGUUCCACCCCAACAUCACCGGAAUUGAGGCAGAGCAGCUCCUGUUGACCCGUGGCGUCCACGGCAGUUUCCUGGCCCGGCCCAGCAAGAGCAACCCGGGGGAUUUCACCCUCUCUGUCAGGCGCAACGAUGAGGUGACCCACAUUAAGAUCCAGAACCAGGGUGACUACUACGACCUGUACGGAGGCGAGAAGUUUGCCACGCUGGCCGAGCUGGUGCAGUAUUACACAGAGCAACAGGACCUCUUGCGCGAGAGGAACGGCCAUGUCAUCGAGCUCAAGUACCCACUCAACUGCAAGGACCCCACCUCUGAGAGGUGGUACCAUGGGCACCUCUCUGGGCGAGAUGCAGAGAAGCUGCUCACAGACAAAGGCAAAGCCGGGAGCUUCCUGGUACGGGAGAGCCAGAGUAAACCGGGCGACUUCGUCCUCUCGGUUCUCACCAACGAGGAGAAACACGAGAACCUGGACCGCAAGACCAAGGUCACCCACGUUAUGAUUCGCUACCAGCAGGACGGUAAAUACGACGUGGGAGGCGGCGAGAGGUUCGACACCCUGGCUGACCUGGUGGAUCACUACAAGAAGAACCCCAUGGUGGAGAAAAGUGGCAUUGUAGUGCAUCUAAAACAGCCCUUUAACGCCACGAGGAUAAAUGCAGCCAACAUUGAGAACAGGGUACGAGAGCUCAACAAAGUGGCAGACAACUCUGAGAAACCCAAACAAGGAUUCUGGGAAGAAUUUGAGGUACUUCAGCAGCAGGAGUGCAAACUGCUGUAUCCCCGGAAAGAAGGCCAGAAGCCAGAAAACAAGAGUAAAAACAGAUACAAGAAUAUCCUCCCUUUCGACACAACUCGGGUGGAACUCAGGGAAGCAGAUCCAGAUUGUCCUGGUUCGGACUACAUCAAUGCCAACUACAUCAGAAGUGUGUAUGAAGAUGGGAGCCAUGUGGAUGAGGGCAAAGUCUUCAUCGCCACCCAAGGGUGCUUACAGAACACGGCCGUGGACCUCUGGAAGAUGUUGUAUCAGGAGAACACACACGUCAUCGUCAUGACCACGAAGGAGAUAGAGCGGGGGCGGAACAAAUGUGUCCGUUACUGGCCCGACCUCCACUGCACUAAGGAGUUUGGGAAGAUUCUGGUGAGGAACGUGGACGAGCGGCCGGCGCAGGACUACAUCCUGAGGAAGCUGGAGGUGACCCGCCUCGACCGGAAGGAGCCUCUGAGGUACAUGUGGCACUACCAGUACCUGAGCUGGCCGGACCACGGCGUGCCCAACGAGCCCGGCGGGGUCCUCUGGUUCCUGGAGGAGGUCAACCGCACCCAGAGCACCAUUCCAGACACCGGACCCAUCGUCGUCCACUGCAGUGCAGGCAUCGGCAGGACAGGCACCAUUAUCGUUGUGGACAUCCUUAUUGACAUUAUUAAUCGCCAAGGUCUAGAUUGUGACAUCGACAUCCCUAAGACCAUCCAGAGGGUCCGGCAGCAGAGGUCGGGCAUGGUGCAGACAGAAGCCCAGUAUAAGUUCAUCUACAUGGCUGUGCAGCAGUACAUAGAGACGGCCCAGAAAAGACUGGAGGAAGAGCAGAGGAAUAAGCUGAAGGAGAGGGAAUAUUCCAACAUCAAAUAUCCCCAGAUGACCAACUCUAGGUCCAAAUCCAACAUGACAUCCUCGCGCUCUUCUUCUGUGAUGACAAAUGAUGAUGCGUCGAGUGUGUACGAGAACAUCAACUUUAAGAGCCCUCAGACCUCUUUUAGCAGCAACACCAGGAGGUAAAACCAUCGCUGUGGACAUCCGCAUCGCUCUGUCUGCCUUCCUGUGAGUACUGCUAAAUAUAUUCAGCCUCU